ACUGUGGCUGUGGAUUUACACAUCAGCCCUAACAGUAAGUGCUGGAGGUUAACAAGGACACAUUUGCUGGAAGAAGCUUAAAUUGAAUGAAAUAAACAAAAGUUCCUCAUAUCCUGUUUAAAUAUGAUGAUAUUUUAACAAACAGACACAAGGUAACAAUAUGCAAUGGAAAACAAAAGUAACACCUUUAUAUAUCACCCAGACUAGACCCAUUAGAUUAUCACCUUGAAGGAGGAUUUCCCAUGUUUCUCCUUUUAACCUUACAGAAAAGAGACGUUACUGUUUCUGGUUUGUCAUGAAGUUACUGUCCCAUCCAGCAGUGCAACAGUAAUUCUUCACCACUCCUAUAGAGAGAACUCGGCUGCUCUCUGAGACAGAACAUCUGAUGAGCGUUUUGAGCCAUGUCACGGCUUUUAUUUUCUCAGUCUGGAGACCCAGUCAUCUCUAACAUGUAGAGUAUGUUUAUAUAACUCGAUGGUUCUCUGAAAGACUUUCUAAAACCAUCAAAACCAUGCAUAUACCACUGUACAGAAACAUGCUGAGAACAGUUUCUGUCUGAUCUCACCUUAUAAACACUGCGACUUGCUUUUGUUUAGAAGGGAAAAAAACAAAACCAAAGUGCCACCAAGCCUUCAUUACAUUUUAAAAUGGCACGCAACACACACAGACAGAGAGCACUCAUGCCAUAACCCUUACUGAGUGACUGCAUACAAAUACACAUGGAUGCAUAUCUAUGAAUAUACACCAGAACUCAGUACACUACAAGCUACAAGAUUAUCGAGGAAAUUCUUAUUAGGAACCAGCAGAAAAUAGUUUAAUGAAUAAACAAAUGAAUAAAUGAAUGAAACAAAAAACUUUGGUAAACUUCUUGGUUUGAACAUCAGAUGGGCAAAAAGAGAACUGAAUUAAAUUUAAGAAGUUCAGCAGACUAAAAUAUUGUUUUCUUAAAGAUCUGCAUGAUGAGCAGAGAUAGAAGCAAAUCUUUACAAUAUCUUCUCAACCCCUUAAAGCUUGAAUAAAUGAAGUCCACUUGCUAGGUACUAACACUCCUUACUAAGAGCUGAACUGUGAGACUUUAAGUAACUCAUAUGUACGCAGGCAGUCUGAAAAGAGGUGGUUUGGAGUAAUCAUUUUUCCAAGCAGUUAGCAGGGUGAGGUCUUAGGAGACUGUUGAGUUAAUUUAAGAGCUCAGUGCUAAGAAAAGAACAUCCUUUUUCUUGCCACCUCACCAUUUCAUUGCCAGCAGUGCUUUCACUUGUUCCUCUGAAUGUCUGUUGCCAUCUAACACCUCAGCAAACUCAUUUGGCUUGAAAAAUAAUUGCAGAAAUCCCAAAGGGAUAAAAGCCACAUUUUUAUGGCUAUGUAACACAGCUAAACAACGAAUUGGAAAAACACUAGAAUUGUGACAAGUGAAGAGACUAGGAAUAAAAACAUACUUUCCACCAGUGCGAGCCACCAGAUGGGCUCAGCUGUUUCAUGAAACCCUACCCUCAGUGGAUGUUGUUCUGCUGUGACGCUGAAGAAGCAGUGAACAGGAUGCCAAACAACAGGCUCAGUAAAGUGCUGAGGUUUGUCAUCCACUUGCACUGAUCCCAAACACAGCAGGCAGAGCUAGCUCAGUACCUUUCUUUCAGUUCCUGCAGAGCGACAUGCACACACACCCUCAGGUCGCUCUGCUCUGAUUCUCCUGUUACACAGCCUGCUCAUCUCACUUUUAUUUUCUACCUGUCUGUGUUGACCUUACUGACUAAGGCAAAUCAGACCACGUGUAUUUUGGAAAAUAAAUUGUCUAUUCUGUGCUCAUGCAAACAAAGUGAGAUCCUGAUACACAGCCAACCCUCCUGAAUGCAGGGACAAUGCAAAUAAAUAAAAUUACACACAGGAAUGAGCACAAGCCUUUCCCAAGCAUAUAAUGAAAAAAAGAAAGAAAGAAAAAACAUGCAAAAGAAGGUGAAUGUAUCUUCAGUUUGCAGUUUCUAAGACAACACAUCUCUCACUUCACUUACCUGCUGACAUUUCCACUGCCACUCCAUCCUCCGUCCCAUUCCCCAGGCAACAUCCCCGGCUCAGGGUCUGAGGAUGAGGCCCGUGGCAGCACUGCAGCUCUCCAGCAACUGCAGCUGUUUGUGCAGCCCCUGCUUUGUGCCCGCUCUCCCCUUUGCCACCUCUCACUGCACUGGCGCAGUGCUGGUGCAGCUUCAGCGCUGGAUCAGGCAGCAGAGCCAGGUUAACCAAAGCUCUUCUGCUUUCCCUUUUGUGCAGGGUUAUUUUUAACCUAGAUCAAUCUCAAAUUCAGUUCGCCUUGUUGUCUCAUAAAUAGUGCUCCAGUACACUUGAGGGCAGAGGCAGAAACAAAGCAGCAAGAGAUAGAAAAGCAGAACUGCAACCAAAGGCAUGCUUAUGAAAUAACACCUUACGCCUGUACCAAAGGCACAGAUUAAGAGCAACACUGCAGAGCAGAUUCCUUGCCAAAUCCAGGCCAGUUUCACAAGUUUAUAAGAAAAAUCCCUGCAGACUCAAAGUUCUGAACACCGAAAACACUGCAGGCGUAAAUAACCAGAAAAACUGAUUUAAAAAAUACACUGCGCUCGGGUCUGACCUGGAUCCACCUGCUGCGCAGCACAGACAUCAGCCUUUAUUAAACUGAGUACAGAAGGGCUUCUGGGCAAACAAGCCCCUCAUGAUAGCUACAGCAAAGAUGCAGGCAAAACACCCCACAUCUGACAGUCAUCCAAAGAGCCCUUUCCACAGCUCUGUCCAAAGGAGAGAUGUGUCAGUUAUGGAAGAGCUGAACUAACUGGAAAAGAAUCCCAGACAACCUCACACGCAGUGGGGCACACACCCAACAGCAGCAGGGGAGACAUGAAACUGAACUUCCAGUGUUGUGUCCUUCUGAUUUUCCCACUUACUGCUCUAUUCACAUUCUGUUCCUUAUACCAACGAGGUAGUUAACAGCACAGACACAGCCUAAUUACACUAAGGAACAGUGACACGUAGUUAAUUUCUGAAGAACAGACAUAGCUUUACUUACACCAGGAAACAAUAAAAUUCCUCCCCAAAAAUAAAAGAACUCUAGUAUUUUUUGAGAUAUUUCAGCAAAUCUUUCAUUUCUAUGAACAUGGAUUUAUAAUUAAAUGAAUGAAUGCUAAAGAAAUCUACUAGCAAACAAUUUAAAAUAUUCUGUCUAAAAGCCUAAGGAUAACAGCUAAAUACAUACGCUAAUUUAUCAAUAGAGGUCCUUGUGGCCUUUUGUUGAGCCCCUAGGUGGCAAUCAGUUACUGAAUAGCAGCCUUUCUCUUUGCCUGUACUAGCUUUUAACAUGCAUUUUGUUUUUAAUUAAAUAAAAAUUUUAAAAUAAUAACGUGCCUCUUUAGGCACACUGUUAUCACUAUUACUGUUAUUAUGUGUACUGAUAGUCUUACACACCGGCAAUUCCAUCCAAUGAAUUCUUAGAUAUUAGUCCAACAAGUUGUAACUAUCUCUGAUAUUCUGACGAUGAGAUCCCAUAUUGUUGAAGCCUAAUGAUCAAUGGUGAAACAAUACAAGUCCAAAAUAUAAGAAAAGUAGUUUUAAAAACAAUGUUUAAUAACAUUAUCCAUAGAAUCCCACUACAAUAUAUAUAUUUUUGUAGCCCCUGUAUACAAUAAAUACUCUCACUGAUGUUCUAAAAUAGGUAAACAAGGCUCCAAAAGCUGCUUCAAAAUUUGAAAUCAUAACAUAGUGGGCUAAAGACAGACAACAGCUGAUGAAUUAAACUAUGACCAAAGUAAGAAUACUGAAAUCAGGGUCUCUGGAGAAGUGACAAGGAAUCAGCAAGCCUGCAAUAGCAAUGGCAGUGCAGCUUUUCACCUCUAGUUCACUGAUUUUAAUCCAAUCAAGGUCAGCAGUGACAGAGCUUUGCCUCAUCCAGCCUUUAUGUGAAAUGAACUUGUGCUCUCCUUUAGUACUCGGUGAGUAAAUACAGCAGUGACCCAGCACUGAACACACGAAAAAUAAGAACAAAAGGCAGUUAAGAUCUACUGGCAAAGAAGAAUUGAGAAGGCAGCAUAUUCCCUUCAAGAACGCUUCAAAGGAACACUACUUACCGAAUAAUUAUAAGAGUUAAAAAGGGAAGAAUUGACUAUAAUAGGAACACUUGUCAGAAUGAUGAUAGUAGUGGGAACACUUUGAGGAGGAGGAAGAUUGAAUGAACAUAAAUCUCACAUGCAGAGCAGACAGCCACAUCACACACGUAGCAUGUGGCUACUUAAAGACCACAGCAGGUGAAGCUACUAAGAACAUAAGAUUAAUAAAAUCCUUGCGCACUGGAAAUUGCAGAUUUGGAUAGCAGGUAAGAACAAAUUCAUACGUGUUUGUGUUUUGAAAAUCAUGUAUGCCUUUAUUUUAAAUGGAUAUUUAAAAGAGCUAUUUACUAUGACAUAUUGCUACAGAAAAGCGAAUGGCAAGGACCAUCAGACGCCUGCCUAAUGCAGCUCAGAAGCCAAAACUGUGCAGCUUCCAGAGCUGCUGGAAGAUGAGAAAGUGUACAAAUCUUCAGUCAGCAAAGAGUCUGUCCUGAUUACUUGGCUUCUAAUCCACUUUGGUGAUUAAAAAUAAAAAUGAACAAUAUCAACACUAAUCAUUCUUGAACAACAACAAUACUUCCCAGGUGAGGACAACACGAGAGACCACCAUUAGUUUCUAAACAAAUUCCAUGCUGUCAUGCAUUGUAUUACCUUAGGCAUCAAAGGGGCAAAUAAGUCAGACAUACACACACACACACACACACUUUUCAAACUCGACAAUUUGCAGGUCUGGCAUUCAUUCCUGUUUAGAAAAUCAUCCUAGUAAAGUCAAAAUAUUUCUGUUUUUAUAUAAAAUCAAUAACAAUCUUUAAAAGGAUCUAGUUAGUGGAUUAAAGAAUACUCCAUGUCCUUUUUUAAACCCUUAGAUAUAGCUAUGUUUCUAUUGCAAUACUGUAAUAAAUGAUUCCAACAUAAUGAACCUUAAUAAAGCCAACAUCUUCCUACAUUAAUUGCAAGAAAUUAAGGUAAGCUCUCAAUGACUUUUUAAUGCAAUUUACCAUAUGUUGAUUUUUUUUUUUUUUUUUUUUUUUUUUUUUUUUUUUAAACUCGUGGCUUGCAAAGGAAUAAAUCUCAGCUACUGUAAAUUAAGCAGCUGAAAAAUAACUACCCACAAGCAGGACAAUGAAAGAAGUGAAAAUUAGGAUCAAGGACCAAACUUACAGAAACUUCUAAGAUGACUGACAACUGUAUCUCUUUUAUUAUUCUUAAAAAACCCUCAGAAUCUGUAGGCUGUUGUGCCCUGUGAGACCUAGGACACCCAACAAACUCUCUUAAAGCAGGUACAGAGGGAGAGCCUCAUGUUUCUCUUUGGAACAGGAUCACUUCCAACUUUGGCUCUCCAAACCGAACUCUACUACAUUUUAGGAGAGCCUAGAAAGAAGGGCACAGGAAAAAAAAAAACAAGAGACUACAAUAAGGCAUUCCACCUUUUCCAUACACACAUGCACAUCUUGCGCUCUGUCCAUGUAGCCCAAUUCAAUUUUUGGAAGCUACACUUAAGGAAGUUGACCAGCAUUCAGAUCUCCUUCACCUUCGGCCUAGAAACACUCUGAAAUGUUUGCUCCAUUCUAUUACUGGUGUUUCAGGCAGCCUUAGUGAAGUAACAAGUACUGAGGAUAUUUAAAAAUAUGCAGAAAGCUCAAACAAACAAGAACAUAAGGGCCAGUUAGGUUAGCAAUGUUUUGUUGCCCUGAGCACAGAUAGGGAAAGAGCUCUCAAAUUACACUUGAUGAAAUAGUAAGUAUAGUUAUCAGGGGAAGCAGCGUUACCCUGCAUUGUUCUCUGUGGGGACCUUAGUGUGCCCUUGAUCCACACGCCAUAAGCUCUGAGUGCGAGUCAAGGGCAGAACAUCACUAGUACCAUUCCUACCCAGAUUGUUUUCCUGUCACCACUUAAAACUUUGCUUUAAGUGUUCUGAAUUUUGGAAUAUGUACUAUUAAGGGCACCUAACAGGAAAAUAUGACCAUCCUGUCACUAUGAAUGGGCACUGGAAAUAUCAAAGCUCCAUCACACUUCACAUUUCUCUAGUUUUCAGAUGUUACACAUUGUAUGAAUGGAUUACACAUCAACUUCCACUGCCAGUAAACCAAAUGUUGCUUCUAGUGAUUUAUUCUGUAUAUUCUGUAUAUUCACAUGCAACUCAUUCUCACAGUAAGUGAAUCCUGGUCAUUCCCAGCAGAACGUCAGUGACAAUCACCAUCCUCUUCCAGUUACAGGAGUUGUGUCAAUGCAACCAGUAUCAGAAUACCUGAGCUGCAUGUGUUUUCAAAGAUCAAUUCUUUAACAAAGGGAGAGAGAGAAGUUCUGUGGACAACUACCUCUGUAGCCUCAAAUCCCUGUGUUCGGUAAUACGAGAAAAAAGUUCAUUAAAAUGAAAGGAAGCACUCUCCGUGGUAUAAUGUUAUUUCCCUGCACAGAUGGCGAUGCAGCUUCUGUUAAGGGUAAAUUGCAAUGUUCUGCCAGCAUCUGAAGCACUUGAAGCAGUCCAUCCUCUCUUCUCCUCUCAACAUUCAUAGGUAGGCUAACACACUUCCUAAGAGAAAUAUCUGCAUGAAGCUAAACAGCAAGAGAACCAGGUUCAGGGAGUACCGCAGCAGGACUGGGGCAGCCACCUGGGGACCCCGGUGGUGAGGGUGGAACAGAGUUGGCAUGGGCAGGCGCCAACCUAGGAACAGGGUCACCCAGCUCUACCCUGGCCUUCAGUACCAACUGCAAACGCCACAGUAAAGUAAAUAAACAAUUAAACUUCGCAAAAAAUAAUAAUAUAUAAAAUAUAUAAUAAUAAUAAAUAAAAUAUAUAAAAUAAUAAAAUAACGCGGAGUAACCCAGACAUUUAAAGUUCUCUCCUUUUAUAAUGCCCACGGCAUUUCCAGUAACAAAGGGUAUUGUUGUAGAGUGCACUGCGCUUGCACAACAGGCUGCUCUUACAUCUUGUCUCUUAUCCAUUAUAAACGCACCCAAACUUUUCAACUGGAAAAGCAGCCGGUAAGACCGCUUACAGAAAACAGAGUCCGCUAUUUUUUCUAAACCCCAGAGCAGGGUUUUAUGGAUGACGCCGAUACUCGGACAGCAGAAGAGAACCAAAGCGGCACGCCGAGCUCCCACUGGCGCUUUUGUCCUCCGCGCACGGCGGCCGAGCAGAUCCGCGGCCGAGCCGCUCCCGCCGCCCGCUGACCUACAUUCCCGGCGGCGGCCCGCGGCCCGCUCGGCACGGCGGGGCUCAGGGCCGGGGCCACGCUGACACCUGCCCGCGGGGCUCCUCCUCCGGCGGGAGCGGCGCGCACGGAGCCGCGGUGACAGACACCUGCCGGAAACCGCCGCCGGAGCCGAGCGGCCGAUCGCCUUCGACGAACUAAUAUUUGCUACAGCCAGAGACGGAAAUGGUACGAAUAGAGCGUUAAAAUCCCAUCAUUUCGACAACUUCAUCAUUUUCUGAGAACCUGGAACGUAAUUUGGGCUCUGCUUCAGCACUGUCUUAGAUUAUAAUGCCAUCCUUGCCUAAUGAGGGAGAUAACCAUGGAACUGCUGCUGUGACUUUGCAAUCGGAACUACCCUACCAAAGCACAAUUAAAAGAAAAGUCAGAAAGAAGAAGAAUGGAGUCAUCACUGCAAAUGUUGCUGGCACAAAAUAUGAAAUUGUACGCAUUGUAAUACAAGAAAUGGGAUUUGUGAAAACACGCGAUGAAGAUGAAACAGCUAAUCUUAUUUGGAGUGAUUCUGCUGUGCAACAGGAAAAGAUUGCUGAACUUCGGAACUAUCAGAGAAUCAACCAUUUUCCAGGAAUGGGAGAGAUCUGCAGAAAGGAUUUUCUGGCAAGAAACAUGACUAAAAUGAUCAAGUGCCAGCCUCAGGAGUAUACGUUUAUUCCUCAAACAUGGAUUUUCCCUGCAGAAUACACACAGUUUCAGAACUAUGUAAAAGAAUUGAAGAAGAAACGUAGACAGAAAACUUUCAUAGUAAAGCCAGCUAAUGGUGCAAUGGGACAUGGGAUCUCUUUAAUAAGAAAUGGAGAAAAGUUACAAGCUCAGGAUCACUUGAUUGUUCAGGAAUAUCUUGACAAACCAUUUCUUAUGGAAGGCUACAAGUUUGAUUUGCGUGUAUACAUUCUUGUAACCUCCUGCGAUCCAUUAAAAGUAUUUUUGUAUCAUGAUGGACUGGUGAGAAUGGGCACAGAAAAGUAUCAUCCUCCCAGUGACUCAAAUUUGAGCCAACUGUACAUGCAUCUGACCAACUACUCUGUGAAUAAACAUAAUGAACACUUCGAACGGGAUGAAACAGAAGACAAAGGAAGUAAACGCUCUAUCAAAUGGUUUACUGAGUUUCUUGAAACAAAUAAUCUUGAUGUCUCCAAAUUCUGGAAUGAUAUUUCAGAGUUAGUAGUGAAGACUCUCAUAGUUGCAGAGCCACACGUUCUUCAUGCUUAUCGCAUGUGCAGGCCAGGGCAAGCGCCAGGAAGUGACAGCGUCUGCUUUGAAGUCCUGGGAUUUGAUAUUCUGCUGGACAGAAAACUAAAACCAUGGCUUCUAGAGAUUAACCGAGCCCCAAGCUUUGGAACUGACCAAAAAAUAGACUAUGAUGUAAAAAAGGGUGUUCUGCUAAAUGCAUUAAAGCUUCUCAACAUAAGAACAAGUGAUAAAAGGAGAAAUUUAGCCCAACAGAAAGCUGAAGCUCAAAAGAGACUGUAUGGUCAAGGCUCAAUGAAAAAACUGUUGCCAGGUUCUUCAGACUGGGAAAAGCAACGCCACUCACUGGAACGGAGAAAAGAAGAACUGAAGGAAAGACUUGCACAAGUACGCAAACAGAUUUCCAAAGAAGAGCAUGAAAAUAGGCACAUGGGGAACUACAGGCGAAUUUACCCUCCUGAUGAUAAAUCAUUACUUGAAAAGUAUGAGAGUUUGUUAGCCACUGCUUUCCAGACAUUUCUUGCUGGGAGAGCUGCUUCACUUCAGCGGGAAAUGAAUAACCCUUUAAAAAGAAUGAAGGAGGAGGACAUUUUGGAUCUUCUGGAGCAGUGUGAAAUAGAUGAUGAAAAACUAAUGGGAAAAUGCACCAGACAGCGAGGACCUAAGCCCUUGUGUUCUAUGCCAGAAAUUGCACAACCCUUAAGAAAAUUUAAGAACUACAGUAGUGAUAGCAGCUGUGAUAGUGGCAGCAGUAUGUCAGGGUCAGGAGAUGAAACUGAAAAGGAAGACCACAAUGAGAAAAAAGAGAAAAAAGUAUCAUAUGAUCUUGAAGAAAAUAAAUAUAAACCUUCAGAACGAUCAGGUAGAAUGAACUGGAAACCUUCGAUUAAAAAUACAAAAUCUCCAUCACAUUCAUCCUCAUCAUCAUCUACAGGUCCAAUAAGGCGUUCAGUAAGCUGCCCUCGUUCAAUAUCAAUAUUGUCUAUGCAGUCACACGCAGCUGAACAUCGUUCCUUCUCUGCCAAAGCACCUCUGCAAAUCCAGCGUGCAUCCUCAGUGAAUAGGUCUCGUUCUUUAAAUUGCAGCCCAUCUUCAUCCAGAGUCUGUCAGACAUCCAGCUUGGGAACUAUGAACUCUUCAGGGAGUGAGUCCUUACUGCAGCAGAAAACUAAAGAGCAAGAAGUAGCUUUGACAAAAGAGACUCUACUCAUUUUCAAUGACAUGAGAAUGAAGUUCCCAGGAAAAACAGAUGAAGAAUCAGAAUUAAUUAUAGAAGAAAUAAUGGAUAAUUGGAAGUACCAUAAAACAAAAGUGGCAUCAUAUUGGUUAGUAAAACUGGAUUCUGUAAAGCAACGAAAAGUUUUGGAUAUAGUCAAGACAAGUGUUCGUGCGGUCCUCCAGCACGUCUGGAAGGCUCCAGACAUUGAAAAUCUACAUCUGUACCGUCUCUUUAACCGUGUAUUUAAUCGUUUACUUUGGAGCCAUGGUCAAGGUCUGUGGAACUGUUUCUGUAAUUCAGGGAAUUCUUGGGAAACCAUAUUCAGUAAAAGCACAGAGGUGGUGACUCCUGAGCAACUACAGUGUUGCCAACGAAUAGUGCAGCUUUGUAAGCACUGCCUGCUAGUGGUGUACAAAUAUUCAUCAGACUCACGAGGAUCCCUGACUGGAAUUAGUCCUAGCUGGGAUGAUACAAGGUGUUUAUUGCCAGGACCACCACAGUUCAUCAUGAAAUCAUCCUCGCCCAACCUCAGCUGCAGUUCAUCUGGAAUGCCUCGCCCCAACAUUUUGUUCUCACGCAGAUACAGUCACUUGUGAAGGAAAAGUUACUUUUCAUUGUAAAUAAUGGCACUCCAUUUUUAUUUUCAAAUUAAAUUUGUGAUGGAGCUAAAUACAACACUGUUAUAUAUAAUAUACCAUAUUAUGAUAACAUUUAGCUUAAAACUUACUGUAAAAGCAAAGCUUUUCUGGAAGCAUAAUAAACCUUGUUAAGUUGUUUACACACAUGAAUGUGUAGAUCUUGCUAGGUUUAUAAGUAAUUCCUUCCUACUAGAAAUGUUAUUUUUGCUGCAGAAUAUAUAAGAUGGAGUUGAUCUUGAAGAUCCUAUUACAGUGUUACAUUAUUUUCUACAUACAAUACUUUUGAGUUGAAUAUUAUUUAUUGUAAAGUAUGCUAUUUAUUGUCUCAAAUGUAAGACAAGAGCCUUUAAAGAGACAGAUGAAUAAAAAAACUGUAGUAGAACAAAUAAGACUGUAAUUAUUAUUAAAAAUAACCUUACAAUUUCUUGGAUAUGUUUAAAAUAAUCCCCAAAACUCUGUAAGCCAAACAUUUCUCCUCUGAAAUUACAGGCUCUGCUUAAAGCUGUUGCGCUUCUUAAAGGACAUGUCAUAGUAUCUUUUAGAAAAAGUGAAGAAAUUCUGUAUGCAAACAGUAAAAAUACCAGUUCAGGCAUUCACUUUCUAAUUGGAUUUUUGUAAUAAUGCAGAAGCCAAUAUUUGUUGUCAGGCUUUCAUUCACAUUAACUGUGGCCUGUGCCUUUGGGAGCAAGCAGUCACCUACAACUUGUACAAGCAUGCAUAGUGAGUAUUUUUUCUGUUUUACUGCACGAGUGGUGAAAAAGACAUUUUUAGGAAAUACUGCAGCUAUAAUAUAUUAUUUCAAUCUUACACUAAUUGGUUUGCUGUAGCUUUUAACAUACAAUUCAGUACAUACUGCAGAAUGUAUCAUUUAACUAGACAGUAUUUUCUAGACUUGUGGCACCUUUAAAUGUUGAAAUAUAAUUCAUUAGAAAGCUCUCAUUCAGAUUCAGCUUCCUGUGCCUGGCUGAAGAGCACUAAAAGAAACUGAGCCAGAGCAUGGAUGUAGAAUUAACAGGGCAUGUAACCUGAAAACAUCAUUCAGGUUUGCUAUGUAGACCCAUUCGUCUCAUUCAGCACUGUGCCAUAUAAGCCUUAUUCAUUAUAUAAAUAGUUAUUUAAAAUGAAUUAACAUAGAUUUAAAAAUGAAUUAAGUUUUUAAACUAAGUAAAGGACAAAGUAGUAGAUAUUUACCAAAGAUGUGCUUACUUUCCAAUAAUAAAAACUGCAAAUGUGUUUGUAAAUUACCAGUGAAUUUUAUGUAGGUUGCUCUGAAAGUAAUGCCUCCUGUUUAUUUCCAUGGAAACAGCAACAAAGACAAAGAGCACAAUAAUGCUACUGGUAGAGCAAAUUUUCAGCUACUAAAGAUUGUUUUUCAAUGUCGUCACCACCAUUAGGUAUUCAUUUUCACUGGUGAUAAACACGAGCCUGCAUGUCGCACUCACAGAAGUCUGCAUGACUGUCCAGAACAUGGCUUGUCUUUCAUGUUGCUGUCACCACUGCUGAAACACACCACUCACUGCCUUGCUGUUCUCACAUCCACUGUUUGGCGUCCAUAAAUGCUCACCAAGUGUUGAUGAAUAUCACUGGGAACCAAUUCAAUGAUGCACCUUUGCUUCAUCUGCACUUCCAUGUCAGAUGCAAUUCUGUCAGAUAGCAAAAAAAUGUAACAGGAUACCUACUGGGAAGGUUCAGCCUCUACUGCAUCCCACCACCACUCAACUCUGAUAUCGCGGCCAACAUCAUAAAAAAGGAGGCAUUACAUUUGGUGCAGCCCUCAUAAGUAUACACUAAAAAAUAAUUUUGGGGGGAAGUUGUCCUCAGGAGCAAGUAUAUUAGAGCACUUUGACUAUCCAGAGAUUUAAGAGAUAUUUAAGAGACUUAAGAGAUUUGAGACUUGAACUUGUCUGGAACUUAAUGUUUUAAGCCUUAGCUAUAGCAUGUAUAUCAAGUUGGGAAUUUUGGUAAGACUUUUGAAGCCUGUGUUGUUGUCCAUCAGUUCUAGAAUUGCAGGAUACAACACAGCAAAAAUAUUUGUAAACAAUUAACAAACCUCUGAGAUAAGCCAGAUAUAAGUAGUCUUCUGGUCUGGUAAAGAUUUUUCAUUUUCAUGGUAAUACUAGUUUAGUAAUAUAGCAUAUUCACAAUAAUUGUAUAUCUCUUUAGAUCCAUACAGUGACUACUGAUGAAGCGUACUGUGGUUAUCUGUAACACACAAUAAAAGCUGUACAUCUCUCUUC